AUGCUUACAUGGUCAUUAUAUUAAUAAAGCAGUGCUGCUUUGCAGUUCUCCUGGCCUCCAUUUGUAAUGGGAUCAGCGUUUCUUGUUAUUCUUCUAAUAAUGAAAAAACUAGGAAAAACGAAUAAAAAUUUACGUUUCCUGAGAGCUUCUGGUCCACUAACAGCUGUUGUUCUUGGAACAUUGUUUGUGAAAAUAUUCCGUCCACCUGCCAUAUCAGUGGUAGGUGAAAUACCGCAAGGCCUUCCCAGUUUCUCCAUUCCUCGAGGAUUUGAACAUCUGAUGUCCCUAAUGCCAACAGCAAUACUUAUCACUGGUGUUGCCAUUUUGGAGUCUGUUGGGAUCGCUAAAGCGUUAGCUGCGAAGAAUGGUUAUGAGUUGGACUCCAAUAAAGAGUUAUUUGGCCUUGGCCUAUCAAAUAUAUGCGGUUCAUUCUUCUCUGCAUAUCCUGCUACAGGCUCCUUUUCUAGGUCUGCUGUGAAUCAUGAAAGUGGGGCAAAGACUGGAUUGUCAGGAAUCAUAAUGGGCAUAAUAAUUUGCAGUGCUCUCUUGUUUAUGACACCAUUAUUUACUGAUAUACCUCAGUGUGCAUUGGCUGCCAUUGUGAUUUCUGCUGUCACUGGCCUGGUAGAUUAUGAAGAGGCCAUCUUCCUGUGGGGUAUUGAUAAGAAGGAUUUCUUUCUGUGGGCGAUGACGUUUGUUACAACCUUAACUUUUGGCAUUGAGAUUGGUGUCCUUGUUGGGGUCGGGUUCUCGCUGGCAUUUGUAAUCCAUGAAUCGGCAAAUCCGCAUAUAGCUGUUUUGGGCCGUUUGCCUGGCACCACUGUGUACAGGAAUACAUUGCAAUACCCUGAGGCUUAUACAUACAGCGGGAUUGUUGUUGUCCGUGUUGAUGCGCCAAUCUACUUUGCUAAUAUAAGUUACAUAAAAGACAGGUUGCGUGAGUAUGAGCUCAAACUCCCAAAUUCAAACCGGGGACCUGAUGUUGGAAGGGUGUAUUUUGUGAUCCUCGAAAUGUCUCCUGUUACGUACAUCGACUCGAGCGCUGUUCAAGCUCUCAAGGACCUGCACCAAGAAUACAAAGCACGCGACAUCCAGAUUGCUAUAGCGAACCCUAACCGGCAGGUGCAUCUACUGCUGUCAAGAGCGGGCAUCAUCGACAUGAUUGGCGCAGGGUGGUGUUUCGUCCGAGUGCACGACGCGGUGCAAGUAUGCCUCCAGCAUGUGCAGAGCUCAUCGUCGAAUGCCAUCAAGUUAUCCCCACAGGCGUCUGGGAACUUGACUGAGUCUCCCAAGGCGCAGCAGCGGUAUGGCUUCCUGAGGAACCUCUGGCAAGCACAAGACGGGAAUGGGAGCGCCGGUGACGAGGCCCAGUCGUUGCUGCGCCAAAACCUUGUGUAGCCAAUUGUAUUUGUGUUGUUGUGUAUGCAUAUAGACUGUUCAGGAAAAAAAAUUAAGGAUGUAAUUAGUCAGUCCUCCCUUGUUUUGUUGUUAAUAGAGUGGGAAUUUAGGACUGUGUUGUAAAAAUACAGUGUAGAUACGUCAGUAGCAUCUCUUGUCGAGUCACCAGUUAUCUGUAUAAUAACAAUGUAAUCUGUAUCACAACUCCACGGGGUAGCGAUCUGGCUACCGUGAAAAUUUGAGAUUCUUGCAAGAGAAAAAAAUGAUGAAUGUAUAUGCUGCUGCUGUUUCA